AUGUACCGCGCUUUCUCACUCACUUUAACCGAUGUUGCCCAACUCUGGUUCAAACAAUUAAAACCGAGGUCCAUUAGCUUGUUCGACAAACUCCGCGAGGCCUUCGUCGCAAACUUCACUGGGGGCAAGAAAAGGCUCAAAGUCUCAGCUCAUCUCAACAACGUGAUCCAGAAAGAAGGAGAGCUCUUCAAAGACUACAUUCAGCGUUUCAACCUCGAGUCAUUGCAGGAAAUUGAGAGGCUCAUUCGCGAAGGCCAUCUCGGUGAGCACGUUGACCAGGGAGACAACAGGGCCAUCGCACCAGAAGAACGCCUGAGUGAAAAUCGACCAAUGGAAGAAAUCCGAACCAUCGUCGGGGGUCACAAGGGCGGAGGUGACUCAAACAAUGCUCAGAAAACCCAUGCAAGAAACUUGAGUCGACCUGAGUCUGAGAUCAUGGUCCUAGCUCGGCCCUUGAAGGAAAGGAAACUAGAAAAGUAUAGGGUGACCUUUACCGAGCCUGACGCCUGGGGCAUCCAUCAUCCAUAUGAUGAUGCUUUGGUCGUCAUCGUCACAAUCGCUAAUCGCAAACUCUUCAGGGUCCUCGUCAAUACAGGGUCGUCCGCUGAUGUGCUAUUCACCCAGGCAUUCAAUAAAAUGAGUAUCGAACGGUCCACAUUGCGUCUUGUCCGAACUCCUCUGAUUGGAUUCUCAGGCGGGCAAGUCCUACCCGAGGGAAUCAUUCAACUGCCACUCAUCGCUGGAGAUGCACCGAACCAAGCAACAACUAUGGUCGACUUUCUGAUAGUCAACCAAUCUUCAGUCUGCAACGAUAUUCGCGACCGUCCUUCACUUUGUCUUCUCCGAGCAGUAGUUUCGACAUACCACCUUUCCAUGAAGUUCCCGACCGAGUCAGGAGUUGGAGUCAUCAAGGGAGAUCAGCACGACGCCCGACGUUAUUACGUCAUCGCCUUAAAAGCUCUAUCCGAAUAA